CGCCGUGCCAUGUACACAUCGCGAAUCUAUGCUGGGCUGAUGCCUUUGCUGUUACUGCUGUCGUCGACAGGGAGACACUUAUCCCGGAUAUCAGUUUCGGGCACCCCGUCCUCUCCCACACCAGGUGACUGCUCUGCGGAAAAACGCUACAUCGAGGACCAGAUGGAUGAGAGCAGUGCUGCCUGCGAUGACUUCUAUGAGCACGCGUGUGGUAAUUGGCGAGCUCCCUACCCGUUGCGCGUUUUGGGAGCCCACGACACUCGCACCCUUAUGCGUGCCCUGAACAAACAGCUGCUCAUACAGCACUUCGAUCGGGAGCGCGAGAGCCAGAAUGUGCGGCAAUCUAACAGCAGCAGUGCCGCCUCCUUCUACAACUCCUGUCUUUCCGGACGCCAGGUCUUGCGUCCAUAUACGGAAGCGCUGCGCUCAUACGCCGAAUGGCCUUUGCUCAAUGGCUCCACUUCCAGCGAUAGUUCCUCGACCUUUGAUUGGCUACGCAUCAGCGCUGAGCUGCGACGCUACGGUGUUCAGGGAUUGUGGCAGCUGCUUGUCCAGCCCAACUGGCAGGCAUCGGAGCAGCGGGUUUUCUACCUUAUGCCCCCUAGCUUCGACCUCCUGCGUUCUCGUGGCGGUCGGGGCCCAGUCAACGAGGAGAGCGUCUUUCUCUAUGAGCGCUACAUUAAGCUUCUUCUUCUAGAUAUGGGUGUACGGGUGCGUCGUGCCAACUUAAUAGUAUCCGAUCUGGUGUCUUUCGAACGACAGCUGUUGUCACUGAUCCAGCCAGAUAGUUCUCAACUGGUGUUGCGUGCACCGCACACGCUGCAGCAGCUGGCGGCUCUGUUUCCUGGCCUCCAUCUGCUGGACUACUUUAAAACUUUGCUGGCUGGAAUGGAAUCACUACCGGCAGACUAUGAGCAACGCCUGCUCAUUGUGGCGGAUACGGCUUACCUGCUCAAGCUGGAGCAGUUGCUCUCUGAUGGUCAAGCUGUGAGCCCGCAGCGGCUAGCCAAGUGGCUGCUCAUACAGUUUCUAGCACAUUUUGAGCUGCAUUUGCACGACGACAAACUAUUGGCGGCGCAGCAGGAGCACUGCUUGCUGCAGCUGAACACCUUUAUGCCACGCGAGUUCAGCCAGCUCUACGUCCAACUGCGGCACGGGGUCGCAACCGGUGAGAAUUUCCUGGCCAAAGCGCACACGCGGCUGCCACAAGACUUCCAGGCGCUCAAGGAGCAGUUUGAGCGAAUGAUAAACGCCACACCCAUCUUUGAAAACGACGCGCCAACGCACAAGCUGGCUCUGGAUAAGCUGCGUGCAAUGCGACUGCUUCUACCGCAGGUCGCAACGGACACAGGAACACCUGCCGGACUACAUCUUGGCGACGACUAUGAUGAGAAUCUGCUGCAGUUGUCCCGCGCUCAGGCACUGCUCGAAUUCAAUGAUGUGCUGCAGUGUCUUAGAAGAGGAGCAUGUGGAGCUCGCGAGAGCCACACCUACGGCCCCUUAGAUGUCAACGGCUAUUACAAGCUUAAGCGGAAUGUCAUCGAGCUGCCGAUAGGUGUGCUGCGCCCACCAAUGUAUAGUGAGUGCAACGGCGAAGCACGCGCCUUUGGCAGCUUAGGUUACGUGAUGGCACAUGAGCUGCUGCACGGAUUCGACUACGACGGCAUCAAUUACGACGAGGCAGGUAACGCGGCCAGCCAAUGGACCGCGCACUCCAUUAUUAAGUUUGGGGUUCGUGCUGCCUGUUACUUGACCCCUCGGUACAGCAACGCAACUCUCACCAUCGACGAGAACAUUGCGGACAGCGAGGGGCUGCGCCUGGCCUUCGAAACGUUCCGGGCACAGCGACCGUCGAUGACAGUGGAACCAAGUGAGCAUAAGGAGUUCUUCCUGGCCUUCGCCCAGACCUGGUGCGGCCAUGCGGCACAAUCGUCCGGCAUAACGCAGCACGCUUCUCAUAGGGAGCGCGUGAACAAUGUGCUCAGCAACUUUCCAGAGUUUGCAGAGACCUUUCAGUGCAAGACUGGGAGUCUUAUGCAUCCAGCGGACAAGUGUCACAUCUGGUAGCUGUCUUAAAUACGUGUUAAUAAAGAUUGUAAAUAUGA